CUUAUUAUAAGCAAAUAUAUAUAUAUAUGUAUAAAAUAAAUAUAUAAAUAAAUUAAAUAAAUAAAAUAAAAUAAUAUAAUAUAAUUUUAGUGCAUAAUAACUUUAUUCUUUAUAUAAAAAUAAUAAUAUAACGAAUAAAAAAUAUAAAAAUGUAUAGUAAUAUGGAUAAUUCGAAUAAUAUAAAUAAUAUAAAUAGUAAUAAUAUGCACAAUUCGACAGGAAUGCAUCCAAUGAUGCAUAGUAGCGAUCCAACUAAUUUUUUCCACCACCAACAUCCAUUAAAUCACUCUUAUGGAGGAUACCCAUUUAUGCAUGGUGGAAUGCCACCAGUACCACCACCAAUGUUCCAUCCAAAUCCAUUUAUGUAUGGACCACCACCACCAUCACAACCACAUCACAUCCACUCACAUUUAAAUAGCUCAGCUGAAGCAAUAAUGUUACAGCAUCAACAAAUGCUACACGAACAACAUAUGCUACAACAACAACAACAACAACAACAGCAAGACCAACAAUACCAACAACAGCAGCAACUCCAUCAACCACAAAAACAGACAGAAAAUACUCAAGAUGAUAAACCAAAACCACCAACUUUAAAUGAAAUUUUUGAUGAUUUAUCUUCAAGAUUUGUUUUAAAUAUACCAGCAGAGGAGCUAUCGUCCUUUGAACGUUUACUUUUUCAAAUUGAAGCAGCAUAUUGGUUCUAUGAUGAUUUUUAUAGAGAAGAUUUUCCACAAUUACCAAAAUACUCAAUGGCCGAAUUUACAAAGAAUUUUUUCAGUAAUUGCCCAAUUUUAAAACAUCACCAAACAUCAGUCGAAGAGAUUUUAAAGAGUUUUUCAGAUUAUAAAACAAAGGUUCCUGUAUUUGGUGCAAUUAUUUUAAAUCAAGAUUUAGAUAAAGCAUUGUUUGUAAGAGGGUAUGGUAGCAAUAAUAGUUGGGGUUUUCCAAAAGGCAAAGUUAAUAAAGAUGAAUCAGAUGCUGACUGUGCAGUGCGUGAAGUUUUUGAAGAGACAUCAUUUGAUAUUGCACCCUAUUUGAACGAACGUCAUUUUAUCGAAUUAAAUAUUAAAGAGCAAAAAAUAAAACUAUAUAUUGUUGCAGGUGUACCAGAACCAACUCAAUUCUAUCCACGUACUAGAAAGGAAAUUGGUAAAAUUGAAUGGGUAUUAAUUGAUGAUCUUCCAACUAUUGGUGGAAAAAAAACAAGUGGCUCAAAAGAACGUAACUUUUAUAGGUCAUUUCCUUUCUUUAAUCGUCUACGUAAAUGGGUACAAUUGCGUAAACUUAAAUAUCCAAAAGAAUUAUAUGCAACUACACCAAUUAGUAAUCCAAAUAAUCAAAAUCAAUUAAACAAUAGUAAUAAUGGAAUUCCAACUCAACAGCAACAGCAACAGGUCUCCACUCCAAAAAAUAAUAAAAACCUAGCUCCACCAAAUCAAUACUCUCCAUAUCCAAUGUCACCACCAACAUCACCCAGAGAUCAACAACAACAACCACAACAACAACAACAACAACAACCAAUUACUCAGCCACAACCACAACUACAACAACCAAUUCAAAUUUUAAAACC